AUGAUACUAACUCGGCUCCUUGGCCAACUCAGAGCCAUUCAACAUGAGAACGGGUCAGGCGGAGCACUAAGGUCACUGGGCAUACAGAGGUCAAGUGAGGAUUUGAGGAAUCCUGCGGAGACAGGCUUGAGCGGAGUCAAGUCCUCAGGGCAAUGCUAUAUUGAAGACAGGAAGACGUUCCUGAGCGUAGCUAAGUGUGAAGCUGCUAACAGGCAGAAGAUGCAGUUCCCGCCUAGCCACGGUCUUCUAGAGUGGCUGGGACGGAGUUUGAAUAGAUCCAAAAUCCGAACGCGGGCAGCUAAUGAAACGAAAAAUAUAUCUCAACUCAAAUUCUUUGAAAUUAGCAUACCAGAAAAAAUCGAAAGACCAACGAACUCCGUGGAAGGCUUCUAUUGA